AUGGAUGGAGGGAGGAAGGUUUGGGUACCUCACCAAACUGAUGGUUUCAAACUUGGUCGUAUAGUAGAUAUAGGAACUGACUCCAUUGCUAUUGAACCUUUUGAUGCACCAGGAACAACUAUCAAUGCUAUCUAUGAUAGAACAUUUCCAGCUGAAGAAUAUGAUAAUAAAGAUUGUGAAGAUAAUUGUGCUUUGAUGUACUUAAAUGAAGCCACCUUACUUAAUAAUGUACGAAUCAGAUAUAUGAAAAACCAAAUCUAUACUUACACGGCCAAUAUACUCAUUGCUGUUAAUCCUUAUUAUGAAAUGCCAGAUUUGUAUUCAAGUAACACUAUAAAGAAAUAUCAAGGCAAAUCAUUGGGUACACUACCACCUCAUGUAUUUGCCAUUGCUGAUAAGGCUCAUCGUGAUAUGAAAGUUAAUAAAGUUAGUCAGUCUAUUAUUGUUAGUGGUGAAUCUGGAGCUGGUAAGACAGAAUCAACAAAAUAUAUCUUAAAGUAUCUAGCUGAAAGCUGGGGUACACAUGCUGGUCCUGUAGAACAGAGAAUUCUAGAAUCUAAUCCCCUUCUGGAAGCAUUUGGUAAUGCCAAGACUGUCAGAAAUAACAACAGUAGUCGUUUUGGAAAAUUUGUUGAAAUCCAUUUUGACAAUAAGUCUUCAGUUUGUGGUGGAUUCAUAUCCCAUUAUUUAUUAGAGAAGUCCAGAAUUUGUACUCAGAGUAAAGAAGAGAGGAAUUAUCAUAUAUUUUACCGACUUUGUGCUGGAGCACCUGAAGAUUUAAAAACUAAACUGAAACUUGGAGCACCUGAUACAUUCCAAUACAUUAGACAAGGCUGUACACAGUAUUUUAUUUCACGGGCUUCAGAAAAGAAUUUGAAUGCCGAUAGAAAGAGUCAAGAGUACUUGAAGAAGGGUAGUUUGAAAGAUCCUGUAUUAGAUGAUGUACGAGAUUUUAAUGUAUGUAAUGAAGCUAUGACUAAGAUGGGUAUAAAUAAUGAAGAUAGAUUAGGAAUAUUUACUAUUGUAGCUAGUGUACUACAUCUUGGUAACAUUAGCUUUGAAGAAAAUCAUGAAGAUACCAAAGGUGGCUGUAUGAUCACUAAAGCAGCUGAAGAUUCUCUAGUAACAGCUGCUGGUUUGAUUGGUGUGAAUAAAGAAGAACUAAGAGAAUCUUUAACAUCAAGAGUAAUGCAAACAUCUAGAGGUGGUGUUAAAGGCACUGCUAUCAAAGUACCUUUAAAAGCUGGUGAAGCUCAAAGUGGACGUGAUGCCUUAGCUAAAGCUAUUUAUUCUAAACUAUUUGAUUAUAUAGUACGACGUGUAAAUGAAGCUAUACCAUUUGGUUCCUCCAUGAAUUAUAUUGGUGUAUUAGAUAUUGCUGGUUUUGAAUAUUUUCAAGUGAACAGUUUUGAACAAUUCUGUAUUAAUUAUUGUAAUGAAAAACUUCAACAAUUUUUUAAUGAAAGAAUUCUAAAUGAGGAACAAAUUCUGUAUGAGAAAGAGGGAUUAAAUGUUCGUAAAAUUCAGUGGACUGAUAACCAAGAUUGUAUAGAACUAGUAGAGACUAAAGGAAGUGGUAUAUUUGAAUUACUAGAUGAAGAAAGUAAAUUACCAACACCUAAACCUGAACAUUUUACAGCUGAAGUUCAUAAUAGAAAUAAAAAUCAUUUUAGACUGAGUCAUCCACGUAAAUCAAAAUUGAAAAGUCAUCGUGGCUUGAGAGAUGAUGAAGGAUUUUUAAUUCGUCAUUUUGCUGGUGCUGUUUGCUACCAUACUACUCAGUUUAUAGAGAAGAAUAAUGAUGCUCUACACGCAUCACUGGUAUUCUUAGUACAAGACAGCAAGAAUAAACUGGUACAGAAAUUAUUUGAAGGUACUAAAGUACAAGCUGGCAAACUACAAUUUAGUAGUGUUGGUACUAAGUUCAGACAACAAUUAACUGUUUUGAUGCAAAAACUUAGUAGUACUGGCACAAAUUUCAUACGAUGUAUUAAACCUAAUUCAAAGAUGGUGGAUCAUUUGUAUGAAGGAGCUCAAAUUCUGAGUCAAUUGCAAUGUGCUGGUAUGAUAUCUGUAUUAGAUCUGAUGCAGCAAGGUUUUCCAUCACGUACUCAGUUUUCUGAUUUAUAUAAUAUGUAUAAAUCAUAUUUACCACCUGAACUCUCUCGUUUAGAUCCUAGAUUAUUCUGUAAGGCUCUAUUCAAAGCACUAGGUCUGGAUGAUAAAGACUUUAAAUUUGGAUUAACUAAAGUAUUUUUCCGACCUGGAAAAUUUGCUGAGUUUGAUCAAAUUAUGAAGAGUGAUCCUGAGAAUUUAGCAGCACUGGUUAAGAAAGUCAAGAAAUGGUUGAUUUGCUCUCGAUGGAGAAAAGCUCAAUGGGGAGCUCUAUCUGUUAUUAAAUUGAAGAACAAGAUUAAAUAUAGAAAUAGCAUGUAUAUUAAGAUACAGAAAACAGCUAGAAUGUGGAAAUGUAGACGUGCAUUUAAACCCAAGUAUGAAACAGUAAAGAAAGUAAUAGGUCUACAGGGACAAAUGGCAUUGAUGGGACAAAUUGUCUCACAGUUGAAGAAAGAUAAGGAAGCUGCCACUAAACAAGUUAAAGAUUUUGAUCAUGUUUUAUUAGAAAACUUAAAGAAAAUAAGAUCAUCCAAUAUGAAACGUCAAGAACUAGAUAACCUAUACAAUAGUUUAACUGUAAAUAUGGAUCAACAAUUAGCUGGCUUAAAGAAGAAGUUGGAAGAACAAAAAAAUGCUGAGGAACAAGAAAGAUUACGAAAAAUACAGGUAAAUUUUUUUUUUAUGCUGCAUUUUGUACCUCUUAGAUAA